AUGAAGCUCAUCUCUCUGCUCACGGCCGCCUUUCUCCCCAUGGGUCUUCUUGCCGCCCCCGUUGCCGAGGACGGGGUUGCCGACAUUGAGGCCCGCGAGCCCGCCGAUGUCUCGACAAACGAACCUGCCCCUGGCCUUUCCCAGCGCGAAUCCCGGGGUUGCACUAUUGUGGGCGCCAACAACGUCAAGUGUCGCGCCGGAGCCAGUACCAGCUCAAAGGUGGUGUAUACCUUUGACAAAGGCGACCGGUUCGUCUUUAGCUGCGUCAAGACGGGCGAGUGCGUCACCAUCAACGGGGCCGUCAACUGCGGCUGGGACUACUUGUACCAGGGUGGGCAAGGCUGCUACGUCAACGGCCACUACACCGACAGCGGCUGCACUCUCGCCAAUCUCGGCCGGUGUUAA